AUGUCAAAUCCCGCAUGUUCAAUCCGAACUUCCUCAUACUCUAAUGAAGAAGAUAAACUCCUUUGUACUAUAUUUAUGGAUAUUGUCCAAGAUCCUGAAAAGGGCAAUGAUCGCUCUGCACCAGAUUUAUGGGAACACAUUGCACAAGAAUAUAAACAAAUGCUACCGGCACACAUUUGUAACGAUCGAACUUCAAGAUUGCUGCAUAGUCGUUGGGCAAAUAUAUCAACAGCGGUUAGCAAACUAAGAGGGUGCAUUCAACAAAUAGAGAACAUUAACCCAAGUGGUGCAUCUGAACAAGAUAUUCUUGAUAGAGAAAAGGAGUUAGUAAAGCAAGAUCCCAAAUUCAAAGGCGGAUUUAAGUUUGAUCACGUAUGGCCAAUUGUCAAAGGCAUGCAGAAAUUUUGUAGAACUGGGAGCUUGCUAAAUGUUGGAGGUCGAAAAAGAACUUCCGAAGGAUCACAAUCACAAUCUUUCGGAACCGAGAAGUCAAUAGGCUCUUCCUCAUUUGCUGUUGAUUUGAAUGAUGAUUUUGAAACUAAUGAACAUUGUAAUGAAAUGAACAAUGUAGGUGAACGUCCUACGGGGAGGAAGAAGGAAAAGAUGAAGCAUAAACUCUCGGAUGAGCGCAAUCAAUUUAUUGCCGCAAUAGAACAACAAACUGCACAAUUCAAAUGA